UUUUUCCCUCUUCUUUCUUUUGUAAAUCAAUCAUUGCAGGCUCGUAGUUGUAGUGCGAGGGGACGAGUUGUUUGUUCGUUAACAGUUAGUUAGGAUGGCGAGCGGUGGAAAGGUUUCGUUCAAAGUAACCCUCACCUCCGAUCCAAAGCUUCCCUUCAAAGUGUUCAGCGUUCCAGAGGCUGCACCUUUCACUGCCGUUCUGAAAUUUGCAGCAGAAGAAUUCAAAGUGCCUCCCCAGACCAGCGCCAUCAUCACCAAUGAUGGUGUUGGGAUAAAUCCUCAGCAAAGUGCAGGUAAUGUCUUCCUUAAGCAUGGUUCAGAGCUACGUCUGAUUCCUCGUGAUAGGGUCGGUGCAUAUGAGAUGUUUCGGGAUAUCUGAUUAGUGGCUAAUUACCUUCUUCAUUAUUUAUCUCGAGGAGUGUAGCUUAAUAAACACCAGUAUUACACUAUUACUGAUAUCAUGUAGUAAUUGAUUUAUCGGUGUCCCUAUGAGAUAAAUUUUAUGUGAAUAAUGAAUACAUAUUUGGGAAAAUGAUAUAUAUGUAGUCUUCCCUCCUUUGAACUUUUAA